CUCGGGCGAAUAGUCGUAGCUCGAGGCCGGUGACGUUCGGACGGGCUCGCGGUAGUCACGGAGCGAGCCAGAGGCGGACCGAGAGAGAAAGAGAGAGGCGGCCCAGGUGCGUGGAACGAGGAGCCUCGACGUGCCACGAGGUACGCGCCGCGUCGACUCUCGGCGUCGUCCCAGUCGCGAGCGGAGCCGAGUAAGAGAGAGACGGAGGGUGCGUCCGCGUCGCCGAGGAAGCGCGAGACCGAGCGGACGAGCGCCGGCUCGAGGCCCGUUCGCCCUGGCCGGGGGUAUAUGACAGUAUUGACAGUAUAUGUGUGCCGGCAGGUGACGAGAGGUGCGCGGUGACUGGAGCCGCCCGAGGUGCCCGGAGGCGCGACGAGGAGCUCGGACGAGCAGACACGAGGCAAGAUGACGAGUAUAGUGGCGAAUCUGGUGCACGGUUACAGGGACCUCAUGGACAAUAAAUCCGAUCCCAGGGUAAACGAGUGGCCGAUGAUGAGCAGUCCUUUCCCCACGGUGGCGAUAUGCAUGUCGUACGUCUACUUCAGCAAGGUCCUGGGCCCGAGGCUCAUGGAGAACCGGAAGCCCUUCGAGCUCCGCGGCCUCCUGAUAACCUACAACCUCGUCCAGACGCUCUUCUCCCUCUGGAUCUUCUACGAGUACUUGAUGAGCGGCUGGGCGAGGGGGUACAGCUUCCGGUGUCAACCGGUGGACUACUCGAACAGCCCGCUGGGGUUAAGGAUGGCCCAGACCUGCUGGUGGUAUUACUUCAGCAAGUUCACCGAAUUCUUCGACACGCUGUUCUUCAUUCUGAGGAAGAAGAACCAACACGUGUCGACCCUCCACGUCAUCCACCACGGCGUCAUGCCGUUCUCCGUGUGGAUGGGCCUUAAGUUCGCACCUGGUGGUCACAGCACCUUCUUCGCCCUUCUCAACACCUUCGUCCACAUAAUCAUGUACUUCUACUACAUGGUUGCGGCGAUGGGACCCGAGUACCAGAAGUACAUCUGGUGGAAGAAAUACCUAACAACCCUCCAAAUGGUUCAGUUCGUCAUGAUCAUGACCCAUCAGUUCCAGUUGCUCUUCACGGAGUGCGACUACCCGCGCAGUUUCAUGAUUUGGAUCGGGUUGCACGGAGUCUUGUUCCUGGGUCUGUUUUCGGACUUCUACAAGUCAAAGUACACCGAGCCCUCGAGGAGUGCGAGGACGAAGUGUCGCCAGGAGAAUGGGCACACCUCCCUCGGCGCUUGUAUGCCUGUCCUGGACGACGAAACCAGGCCAAAGGCCAACGGGGUGUCGUCCUACGCCACCAUCUACAAUAGCGAGUACAACAGUUGUUACAGCAACGGUACGAACAACGGCUACGUCGCCAACAACAACACCGAGAAGAAGCUUGCCUAAUGUGCGAGGUCGACCCAUGCAUCGCACCAUUCAUUACCUGGAACUGAUCGCCGUUGAGCGAGACAUCGCGACAAAACUACCGUCAAGAGUAAGACAGAACCUGGAGAGCAGGAAGAGGAAGUGCGAGAACUGUUUAAUAACUGAUCAUCCUACCAAGAACACCGGAGGCGCCGGAUGUAACGCGUACGGCAGCUGUCGAAGAGACGUCGGGGUGCACGUGGACGCGUCUUCCUUGGGUCGGACAUCGGACGCCGAGACGCCGUUGCACCUCGCACGAUCGCUAGAAAGGGAUAAACGAACAAUGCCCGACCUUGGUCGCAUCAUUCGCCGGAAUCGGCGGCGGAGACAUGGACGGACACAGAGAAGACAUUCGCAGAGUCGCCUGAAAGAUACACAAGCGCUCAUCGGCGAUUCUUCAUCGCAUUCUUCGUCGAUUCUUCCUCGAAGAGGGGUCGAGUCCCCCGAAGAGGGGGUUAGGGACCUUGGGACACCUUGGGAAGAAACUAAAACAGGAGAAAUAUUAAGAAUAUCGGUUAAUGGUUUAUAUAAUUACGUUAUCACGGACGUCGUCCGCUCGACUGGCUAACCUCUUCAUCCAUACCCCUAACUUGCGGAAGAGGAACACGAGGAGCAAAAGGCGAAGGGCUAUUCGAGGUAUCAAAUCGAGUGAUAAUACCUGGAUGGAAAUCCUCGAAUCUCUGAAUCCCACCUUAAAUCGGGCACUUCUUCCCUCUCUGCACCUCGUCAACGGAAAGGGGGGAAAUCCUAAACUGGACAUGGCCUCCUAGGACGUUGUUCUCCGAUCCGUAAAGGUCUCCUCGCCAACCUGGAUAUUCCCGGCCACCGAGCUUGGUCCAUCCAGUAGGAAGCUGAAGAUACACCAGGGAAUUAUUAACGUCUAUACGCAAACAGCUCAUCCGCUGCGGACUUCUCCAGCUUCUGCAGGUCCACUCACUUGGGAUCGGACAUCUCUCGUGUCUUCGCACCUCAUCCACGUGUUGUCUUCCUCUCGCGUACACAUCGUCCCCGACAAGGAGCGGGUCCAGGCGACGUCUAGCUUCGCUGCAAGGAGAACAUUAAUACACGGUUAUUACUUAGGUCGUGGCAGGAGCCUGGGUGCACUUGACACGGCGAUUCGAGAAUGGCGCGGGUGUGUUCACCAUUCGCCUCGUUGAAGAGGAAACGGCCGAGGCUGCUGAUCUUGUUCGAGGAUCCCCGGGACACCUUGAGGAGGUCGGGAAAACCUUCCAGGGACAUGUGCGGCCUCGACUUCGUCUUUUCGUCCGACUGCCCCGAUUGUGUUCAAUGCUUCGAUUUUCACUGCGAAGCUACUCGAUGGUCACGCGCCGGUCGCGCGGCACAAUAAGUCGGUUCUCUCGCUUUUUCCCCCCUGCUUAGCACGCCGAAUAUUAAUCGAGGCCAGGCAUGGAACGAGGAACGAGGAUGUAGAGUCGAGCUAGACCCGUAAUUCCGGCCAUGCACUCGAUUGAAGGGACGCUCCAAAUAAAUUCGGUGUCCGAUUUGGAGGGACGGACCUACAUGCACUCCUUAUGGCGUUAAGGCGUUACGAAAAGUGCCAUCCGAGGAGUCUCGUACGUGAAACUUUACUCCAAACUAGAUACAUCCAAUCGUUUACACCCAUGUUUCAUAAACAAUUGGGUCUUCGGAAGUCACAUUAGUAACGCCUUAACUUUCUUGUCAUCUGUCAAUCGCGAUGGACUAACGCGACUUAGGAGUUCGUGUAAGCCCGUCCUCUUCGUGUCUUUUAUAUUACGUCGUUUUCCAGAACGUACUGGGUCAGGGUGAUGUUGAUAUGCAAAUAGGUAAUUACUGUUGCGUAGACUACCGAAACUGUGAUACGAAAGUACGGUUUGGAAUCGAUAGGUUCGAGUUGACUGUGGAUUAGUGCACUGUAUCCUUGUAGCCAGCGGUCAGGGUGUCUUUGUGAGCGUUUUCCACGAGCGCUCGCAAUAUUGCGUACAAUCGAUGCGUACCCAUGCAGGUGCAUUGGGCUCACCGAGGUACAAUUCGUGUAAUUUCGAGGUCUUCGACGAGCGAAUUUUAACCCCGCUGGUUCAAAUACGUCCCGCCGACCCACUCGAUCGUUUGCCCGACUCUCGUUUCCAGAAAGACAUGCGUUUUAUGAUUAAUAAUUAAUGCGAUUGGACGUAUCUGAACAGCAACGAAAGCGGAGGAUGGUUGUUCGGAUAAUUGACGGCAUUGAUUAUGUCUGUAAUAUAAUUCCUGAUUAACUUGCUAAUUGCGAUUGGAAAUUGUAAUUAGAGCGCCGGUUGGGAUCCGUUGUUAAUAAGUCGAUUAACUAGUUCAAUUUGUUGUACCGACUGGGCGCCGCUCUAAUUCUAAUUCAUAAGCGUCUAUUAGCGAUCAUUCGGCGAUUGUUACGUGAGUGUGGUUAGUGCUUCCUUUGUCAGAUCAGUCAAUUUUCUUUUUUUCUUUUAUAUAUGUAUAAUCGGAAAAAACUGCCCCAGAUUGGAACUCAGUACGUUUCGGAAAAUCGCUCUCGAAAUGGUGGGGCCACUGUCGCCUGACUUUUGUUGUCUAUGUAUGGCGUUUCGUUAUACGCGACUCGUCGUUUGUAACACGCGUUCAUACCGAGCCUCUUGUUUCGUCCUUUGUCUCUCUUUCUCUCUCUCUCUCUCCCUCCUGACUGCGCGGAAAGUUAGGCUUUUUAUACGACAUUUUCGAUUCCGAGUCUUAGGCGUUUUCAUAUCGUCAUCCACUUCCGAAUCGAUGGUAGUUCGAUCCUAGGUGGAAAAUGCCGGACACUCAAAGUUGACCCUCCGGAGUUGCGAAUCCGCUCGAUUGCUCGAAAAAAAAUUUGGCCAUGCAGCGUCCAAAGUUUCUACGACCCUAAAACACGGCCAAUCACCGGUAUAUAUUUUCGAAAUACUGUCCUGGAUGCUCCAGACAUUGAAAUAUUUCCAAAAUGUCAUACCGCGUUAAGCCGCGACGUCAUGACUGCCCGCGCCACCACUUCCUACGUGUUCGAAGGAACCGUUAUCGAUAAGUUGUGAGAAAUCACAUUAUCGGUACGUGAUAUCAAAAAACGCUUCUCACAAAAAUUGCGCGCCAGAACCUGCGGAAUAACUUUUGCUCGAGGUGAUUUUUGAUAUCGUGGAUCCUUGAGCCGAAAAAUCUGGAAAUGUGAAGGGUGUAGCGCGGGCUCUCCUCUUGAUGUGCGGCCGGGUGGAGGGGCCUUGCACGCUGCAUGGCAAGUCAUCAGGAAUUGAUUUCCAAACCCCGGCAUAUAUGUUCUAACUCGCAGAUGCCAUACGUCGAUCGUCCUUCCAAAAGUCAAACGUCUUGCUUGUCCUCUAAGAGUCACCUAUGGGCAAAUGUACAUCGGAGAUUAACGCAUCUAGUAUGGAAAGUACUCGACGAUUGGCGCGAACCUGAGUUAAGUAGCUAAGUAAAUGCUCGCUCGCGUAUGUUUAUUACCAGGUAGCGUGCGCGUAGCUGUUUACGCGUUUGUUGUUUCUCUGGGACACGUGGCAACUCGCUUUGACAUAUAUACAAUAUAAAUAUGUAUAGAUAUAUAUCCAUGUACAGUGGUUGAACGAAACUGGCGCGAAUGCGGGAACCUCAAAUUAAGCACGAAUGUCCGGGCGUGACUCGUUCGCAAUCAUCUCGCGCGACGAGAAUUCCGCUUCUGUGGUUUUACGUGACUCUCGCGGUUUUUCCAAAAGAAGCUCGUAUCGCUCGCUCCGGCGUUACCGCAUGCGUGAGAACAUGCUGUAAUCACUGAUACGCACGAACCGCAAAGGAAGAAAAAAAAAAAGAAAUCGAGCGCCUCCGUAAUCCAUUCCGGGCGGCAAAGCCUCAGGACGCAUUGUUAAAAAUGAAAUUCUCUCAGUCAAGGACUUGUGCGAUAGGACCAAGGGCCACGAACAAUCAGGAAUCCUCGGUUUUAGGGAACUAUAACUGCGAGAAGUCGUGCGAGUUAAGCGAACGCGUCCUCUGUACGAGUCUAGGAUCCCGGAGUCCGGAACGACCUAACGAUUUCUGCACCCAGGGUGCAGGGUAUCGUGUACAAUGCAUCGUGAACUGGUCGUUCCGACCGGGAUCUAGGAUUCAGACAUACCGAAAUGAAAUCAAAGUGUCAUUGAAGCUCCCGGCAUCCGUGACUGUAACGCGAGUCGCGCAUUUCUCGCCCGCUCGCUCGGCUCACGGAGGCGCGCGGGCGAGAUCGUCGACCUUGUACGCGAGGCGAGCACAAGCAUCGCUUAGUUUAAAUCUUCGAACAGGAGACCGGGAAGCGCGUACUUAUGUGUGUGGACGUGGAAGGACGGCGCCGUUUCCGCGCCGGGCCGAAAUCGCGGUCCCUUCGCUCGCCGUGUGAUUAGCGACGACCGCAAGGCUAACGGAGCGCCGAGAGAGGGGAUGCAGAGUGCCGCUCGACGUGUGAGGAUGAGCUCAGACCUUUUUCUAACUCGCGAUUCGCCGCAACGAGAUCGCACGCGCACAUCGGAGAUCCCAACCCUGAGGGGCGCCGGUUCCUGCCCCGGGAGGCGCGCGCCGCGACGCCGGGAACCUAGCCGGGGCGGCGGCGCCACUCGACCGCGGACGCACCGAGACUCACACGCAUCGUCAUGUACCUAAUGUUAAACUUUGUAACGAUUAUCGAUUCUCAUUAUAUUUUUGUACAUAAUUGGGGAGAAUUGCGCAAAACUGAAGUGAAUAAAGAGCCGUGAAGUAA